UGGAAAUUACUAUUAUGGACAGGGUCAUCCUAUGAAACCCCACAGGAUCCGUAUGACCCAUAACUUGCUGCUAAAUUAUGGCUUAUAUAGAAAAAUGGAAAUAUAUAGGCCCCAUAAAGCCACUGCUGAAGAAAUGACAAAAUAUCACAGUGACGAGUACAUCAAAUUUCUACGUUCAAUAAGACCAGAUAACAUGUCUGAGUACAGUAAGCAGAUGCAGAGAUUUAAUGUUGGAGAGGAUUGCCCAGUGUUUGAUGGACUCUUUGAGUUUUGUCAGCUCUCAACAGGUGGCUCAGUUGCUGGGGCGGUGAAGUUAAACCGACAACAAACUGAUAUGGCUGUUAACUGGGCUGGAGGAUUACAUCAUGCUAAGAAAUCAGAAGCCUCAGGAUUCUGUUAUGUUAAUGAUAUUGUGCUUGCCAUCCUUGAAUUACUAAAAUAUCAUCAGAGAGUCUUAUAUAUUGAUAUUGACAUUCAUCAUGGUGAUGGUGUUGAAGAAGCUUUUUAUACAACAGAUCGUGUGAUGACUGUAUCAUUCCAUAAAUAUGGGGAAUACUUUCCUGGCACUGGAGACUUGAGGGAUAUUGGCGCGGGAAAGGGGAAAUACUAUGCUGUGAAUUUUCCAAUGAGAGAUGGUAUAGAUGAUGAGUCAUAUGGACAGAUAUUUAAGCCAAUUAUCUCAAAAGUAAUGGAGAUGUAUCAACCUAGUGCUGUGGUGUUACAGUGUGGUGCAGACUCUUUAUCUGGUGAUAGACUUGGGUGCUUCAAUCUAACAGUCAAAGGUCAUGCUAAAUGUGUAGAAGUUGUGAAAACUUUUAACUUACCAUUGUUGAUGCUUGGGGGAGGUGGAUACACAAUUCGUAACGUUGCCCGAUGUUGGACAUACGAAACUGCUGUUGCCCUUGAUUGUGAAAUUCCUAAUGAGUUGCCAUAUAAUGAUUACUUUGAAUAUUUUGGACCAGACUUCAAAUUGCAUAUAAGUCCAUCAAACAUGACAAACCAGAACACUCCAGAAUAUAUGGAAAAAAUCAAACAGCGUUUAUUUGAAAAUUUGCGCAUGUUACCUCAUGCGCCAGGUGUCCAAAUGCAGGCUAUUCCCGAGGAUGCUGUCCAUGAAGACAGUGGAGAUGAAGAUGGAGAAGAUCCAGACAAGAGAAUCUCUAUUCGAGCAUCAGAUAAGCGGAUAGCAUGUGAUGAAGAAUUCUCCGAUUCUGAGGAUGAAGGAGAAGGGGGUCGUAGAAAUGUGGCUGAUCAUAAGAAAGGAGCAAAAAAAGCAAGAAUCGAGGAAGAUAAGAAGGAAACAGAAGACAAAAAAGCAGAUGUUAAGGAAGAAGAUAAAUCCAAGGACAAUAACGCUGAAAAAACAGAUACCAAAGGAGCCAAAUCAGAACAGCUCAGCAACCCUUGAAUUUGAGUCUCACCAGUUUCAGGAAACCAUUAAAAGAGUGAAAAAAUAAUUGAGAAGAAAACUGUUUUCUUGUUGGAGAUUUUUGGCUUCGUUUUAUACUACUUUGGCAUGGACUGUAUUUAUUUACAAAAAGCUUUCGUUUUUUGUUUUUCUUGGCAAGUUUAUUGUGAGUUUUUCUAAUUAUGAAGCAAAAUUUUUUUUCUCCACCAUGCUUUACGUGAUACUAUUUAAAAUUGAUGUAUUAUUAUGUCAAAAACUGAUCUAUUAAAGAAGCAAUUGGCCUUUCUGAGCUGAUUUUUCCAUCUUUUGUAAUUAUCUUUAUUAAAAAAUUGUAUUUGGAUUGUC